GGCAGGAAGUGCAGGUGACAGCGGCGGUCUGUGCGGUGAUACACUGUGUCCGGACGGUAAUCCUCGCCAACAUGACGGCGCACUCGUUCACGGUGCCCAUGAUAAUUUUCACCACCUUCUGGGGCAUCAUCGGCAUCGCGGCCCCCUGGUUCGUCCCGAAAGGCCCUAACAGAGGGGUCAUCAUCACCAUGUUGGUCACCACAGCCGUGUGCUGCUAUCUCUUUUGGCUGGUGACCAUCUUAUCCCAAGUCAAUCCACUAUUUGGACCACAGUUGAAAAAUGACACAAUUUGGUAUGUGCGGUUCCUAUGGGAGUGAAGAGGCUGGAACGGCAAACUUAUAAGGUUUCCACUUUGAUGUCAUCCUCAUCCCCCUCCUACACUCAGUAUCUAUUAGACAACCUGAGAGAAUUUUCCACACCCCUGUACGUUUUUUGACCAGUCCCACAAUGGAAACCAAGUCUGUCCCACGUACAGCACACACAGUCCGGGCCUAGGAGACAUGGACUGGAGUUUGUAAUGGGGCAGAUUUUUUAAACUGUUUGAAAGAAAAACUCUGUUGCCCAUAGCAACCAAUCGCAGCACAGCUUUCAUUGCAUCAAGGCCAAAUAUGGAAUGAAAGCUGUGCUGUGAUUGGUUGCCAUGGGCAACAAAGACAGUUUUUUUUUUUCUUUCAGACAGGUUUAUACAUCUCCCCCUGUGUGUUCUGAAUGAAAUGUGUAGUAAAAAAUGAAUGCUACAUUCGGCUGUUUUAGAGGAGAACGGUCCUUGUUACCCGUUGCAGCCAAUCACAGGGCAGCUUUCCUUUUUCCCUCAGUAGUCUGAGAUAAAAGCUGAGCUCUGUCUGGUUGCUAUGGGCAACAAGGCCCACUUUUUCAGUCAGACAGUUUUGAUUAAAUCUCCCCCAUUGUCGAUACGGUUGCGUGUGACCAAUGUAGAGGCGGCUCGGAUCUUGCCAACGAUUCUCCAGCCAUGUUGUGGAUUUAACUUAUUUUGUGUAUUUCUGGACAGUGCAAUAAAUAAUAAUGUGAAGAA